CAGCCUCUCCAGUGGGCAAGCGAGGCGGCUGCUGCGCUGCACAAGACCCCCCCCCCCAGCUCCGGAAGGAAAGGCUGGAGAAAUGGGUUCCGAGGACGGGGGUCGUCCAGCCUGUUAGCAUCUCAAUGGGGGUUCUCGUCUCCUAGAAGCAGGGGGGCGGACCGAGCCUCCCAGCGGGUCUUUCUAAGCAACGGGAGUCCGCAAAAGGGGAACUUGCCCUCGGUGCAACCUGCUUCGCUUGCGGCGGCGGCGGCGUCCGGGCAGAGGCCACGAAGCCCCUGAAGCCUCCGGGAGAGGCUGAGGCCACCGGGACCUUCCUCGGGCGUAGGGGAGCCUCCCCGUUUACUACCCCGCCUUACUCCUGGUGGGGGCGCUGCGAAUAGAGGCGCGCACGACUCUCGGCUGGCGCCCCGAGCCGCGAUUGUAGCCUUUGCGAGGCAUGAGGAGGGGGCGGCGCGCGCAGGCGCAGAGGACGGCCCGGCUUUCGCUUUCGCUUUCCCUCCGCCGAAUAGGCGGGGCCUCGGCUUUGGCGCGAAAGGAGACGGAGGGCGCGGCGCGGGAGAGGCAGGCAGCUUCCCGGGGGGCUCCGACGCCCCUUCCACCUCGCAGCACGGGUCUGCCCGGCCGUGGCCAGAGUGGAAAGAAGGGGGAAUCUCCUGAGAUGGCGCUCCCCUGCCUGCUGAGUGGCGAGGGAUCCCAACUGAGCCACCUGCGCAGCAUAGGCCCCUGGGCUCCCACCCCCGGCAGCUCUGAGAUUGUCCACUUUGACAAGGCUGUCACCCUCUUCGGCCGAAACCAGCAGGUGGUGGACUACUGUCUCAACUCUCCGGCUGCCACCCCCACGGAUCUCAAGUACAUCUCUCGUAUCCAUGCGCGGAUAAUCCGGACGGAUGGCGCAUACAUCCUGGUGGACUCCAGCCUGACGGGCGUGUAUGUCAACGACAUCCGCAUUGAAGGUAGAGUAAUUUUGCGAGAAGGAGAUACGGUCACUUUUGGCCAUCCUGCUGGGAAAAACCUGCUCCUGGGAAGCCACACACGGCAACCAAAUUCUCCCUUUUACUUUCUGUUCGAGCAUUGCAAUUGCUGUCCUGAUCAGAUGCAAAGUGUUUAUGGAGAGAGAAGAAAUUUCUCCCAACUGUUAAAACGUCCUGACAUGGUUUCUGCGGGAGUUUCACAUCCAGGCAACCCGAAUUUGGCAUUUGUGCACCACAUUCCUCGUCCUCAGAUGGCACUACCAGGGGUCCUGCCAGGCCAGGCCCCUCUGUUGAACUCUGUCACCCAGCGUGACCACCACACUGCUUUGGCCCCACCACCAACCCCAGUUCUUUCCGCAUCUUCCCCGAUGACGGCUCCACUCUCUACAUCUUCUCAGGACUCCACUUUGGGAGGGCCAGAAACGUCAGACCAAACUGGGUUUCCUUCCUCGUCUGCUCUUCCAUUAAGCUCUCCUUGUGGACCAGCCUCCCAAGUUCGCCGUUCUGCUUCACCAGACUACACACUUCCCAAAGAUAACUCUUUUGCGGCCCCCGAGUUUUCUCCUCUUCAGGAAAAUUCAGAAUCCAGCGAGUCCGUUUCUCUCAGCAGUAGCAGCUGUAGUGAGAGUGCUGUAGAGUAUGACACACCCAAUGCGCAACAGCUGUUUCAGCACAAGGAUGCCAGAAGUGAUCCUGAGAGGGCUUGCGUGCCUCUGCUCUUUCCCGGCCCCACCUGUUCAGAGGUUUCUGUAGCAGCUGAUCAUGAUGGUUCCCCCAAACCAGUCGAAGCCUCUGGACCCUGGGAGGAAACAUUCACACCCGUCUUUCCGACAGAGACAGGAGGCGCUUCUGGUUGUGCAUCAUCUGUUUUUAGCCCAGAGUCUCCAGCUCCUAGUGAAACUGUCCAAGAUGAGGAACUGGCUGAGAUGAAUCUUUGCCCAAGUAUGGAGGAAACUGCUUCAGCAUCUUGGGCUUCAGAACCAGACAACCCAGUGAAGGAAAUGGAAGGGGUUGAAUUGGCUGGGAGCCGUGCUCGGGCAGCGAGUGGCUCCAUAGAUGGGUGCAAUGAGAAUCUCGUGGAGAAACAUCUCCUGAAAGCCUCCUUCUCAGAAGAAGAAGCAGUGGAAAACAGAGCCAUCAGUCUCUCUGCAGAAAUUCAGGCUUCUUCUGGAUUGGGGCACGUUCAGCAACAUAACUCAGCCAGGAGAACAGCAGAGAUCUGUUUUUCUUCUGGGGAAGAACCAAUGGAUGAUUCUUCCACCAAAAUCUUAAGUCAAGAGAGAUUGGAUUCUGAGAGAAGAAAUGUACUUUUACCUUCAAGAAAUUCAUUGUGUGGGACCCAGAGUGGUGACAUGGACUACACAAUAAAUUCUCUUCAAAGGGUUACAGCUAGUGAAGAUGUGGAAAUGGAGCCUCCAACAGAUGCUGGCUUAGAAGGCGUAGAUGGCCACCUUCACGGCAGAGAACAUGAACCAGAGAUUCCAGGGGAUGCUGGAGGCUCUUGCAGUAAGGCCAGCGUGGUAGACAUUUGUGCAGAAAUGGGGUUGUGGAGCGAUGGAGUGAAGCCUGGUGAGAUGGAAGUAGCGGUAACAGAGUCUUUCAAGGAUGUGAACCCAGCCCAGAGGCCAAGUGCCAAUGGCCCUGACUCAAAGGCACGUGUGGUCAAGGAGAUGCUUCUUCAGAAAUUAUCCGAGACCCUGGUCCUGGACGAACAAUUCUCAGGCAGGUUCUUCAAAGAAGAAAAGAAGAGCUGGAGUGAAGCUUCUGAAAAAAUAGACAGACACCUCCAUUCUGAAGACCUGCCGGAGACUUGUGAAGAAGGAAGGGUUCUCGGAACAGUUUUGUCGCAAGCAUGUCCUGUUUUGAGGGAAAACACAGCUCUUGCGGAGGCUUCAGGAACUUCAGUUUCUAAACCACCAGGGAAUUUAGGGGAACUCGUUUUUGACCAAUGCCCAUUCCAGAGCAGCAAGAUUCCCUUUGAACAUCAAGUGGAAGGGAGUUCCACAACGGAGGAAAAAUUGGAACACGAGAAUCAAAAAGGUGCUGAACCCAGCAACAACUCAAAUAACAUUACUGCUGGUUCCAGGCUACAGGAGGAUAUAGAAAAGUUGAGUGAAAGCAAUGAUUCUUCCCUGGGAAUUGUCGAUGUUUCAAUGGUUGGGUUGUCGGGAGUGGAAUGGCCCAGUUUCGAAAGUGGAAGCGACAGACGGUGCCAGGCUGACUCUAAGGAUCUACCAGGUGAAGAAGAAACAGGGGUGAAGACACGCAUAACCGGCACUGCAGCAGCAACCAACAAAGAUGUAGCCAACCAAGACCGAGAGGCUGAAGAUGGCCCGGACAAAGAACUGAGAUGCCUUGUAGAGCAGGAGAAAGUUCAGCAUCCUGGUGCUGAUGCCUCCCUCACGAGAAGCCCUAAUGCCGAUCCUGCUGAGUGCUGCUCUUUGGGCUUGGUAGGUGGAAAGGGCGAUUCCUCUAGAGAGGGAGAGGGCCUUGAGGAGGGGAGAAUUUCCCACUUAGGUGACUAUUCGCCUGGGGGCACACAAUUAUCUUCUCUGAAAAGCCAACAUGAAGCAGGAGAGAGAUCAGGGUCUGAUUGUAACCACUUUGUGACCUCUCAGGACGUCACCGAAGACGAACAGUCUACAAGUCUGAAUGAGGAAGACCCAGUGAAGACCAAUUUGGGAGAGGAGGAGGAGGAGGAGGAGGCAAGAGCAAGUCCUGUAGCAAACAUUCCUUUAGCUGUCACAAAGAGGGAUUUUGACCAAAGUCCCAUGCAGGUGGGAUUGUUGAACGAGCUGUGUAGUACAUUCUCCUGUGUGAUAAACCAGCAACAAUGUCUUACAGAUGUUGAUCCCCAAGAACUGAAAUCUGAUAUUGUUGAGCCUGAGAAUCUGGGAAAUUAUUUAGAAGUGAAAUCCCAAGGAGCUGAUGUUAGGGAAAAGUUGCUUUUUCUUGAAGACCCUCUUAUACAGCACGGAGCUUCUGAGGAACCAGAAGCUCCUGUUGAACAGAUCAGCCUUCCUGUUCCAGAAGAACAUACGCAAGGAGUCCUCGUUCCUGAGGAGAGCGGUGGGUUUGGUCAAAUUGCUGAAAAUUCUCGUUGCAGUAAGGCAAGAAGCGGUACUGUGCUACCCCUCCCAAGCAUUGGCCUUCUACAGCCUGGGACUGUUGCUGUGAACCUCCCAGGGGAACCAAGGGAUGACUCUGCCCAGGCCCCGCAGUUGCCAGAGGAGAAAGAAGAAGAGCAGGACGAGCUCCAUCUGCACAUUUCUGCGUCUGAAGCUGAAAAAGAAGAGAAGGGCCAAUUCAGUCCUUUUAAGACGUAUGAUCUUCCUAGAAGAAGGGACUCCUCAUUGUUGGAUCCAGUUGAACAGAUAGUUAAUGCGCUUGGCAGCAGUGGAGCAUUGAGGGAACCAAUUGAGGAAUCCACCGUCCAAAGACCAGGUGAUCUGGCCAUUCAAGAGGCCAGUGCUGGCCCACUGAAGGGCACGGAGAUGCUGAAGAUGAAUCUGGAGGGACAAACCUGCUCCCAUCAGGACCAAGGUCCUCCUGUAAGGGCUGCAUCUCCAACCGCAAGGACAGAGCCUGGAGACCCCUCCUCCCUUUCAGCAAAGAGCAGGAGAAGAACAUCGGAAGCACCGGAGGAUCCAGGCGGUGAUGAAAUGGAGCUUGAUCCUGUCAGCUGGGCUGGUCAGCCUGCAGAAUCCCCUUCGGACUCAGCAAAGGAGGACACCAGGAUUGUCAAAAUCCUUUCUAAGGAUCAUGGCUUCAUAGAAAACACCAGUCAGGGCUUGCUCCAAGAUAGUUGGCCCGUGGCUGGCAGGCUUCCUGGGCAGCCAGACGGGGCAACAAUGGCGUCGCCUCCCGGAGAAGCAGUUAAAGAGCUUCCAGGAAGUGAGAUGUCCAGCAGUUCCUGCUCAGGAGAAGAUGAAUACGCUCAGGACGCAGGAAGGAUGCAUCAAGACAUCGACAGGCUGCCGUGCCAAGAAAGCGUGUGCCAGCUGGGGAAUGGUCCGGAUCCCUCUGCAGGGUACAGUGGAGGGUUAGGGUGCUUGGAGCCCUGCAGGGCCCUUUUGCAGGAGGAGGAGGAAUUGAACAGCUCUUCUCCUAGAAAAAGACACCAAAAUGAGGAGUUAGAUUUGGAAGGCGAUGCCUGUCAUCAAAAGAAGCUUUGCAGGCAGCAUUUUGUUUCUGUUCCGGGCUCUGCAAGUGAUCCAGCUUCAUUUCCUGUUGUGCUUCCUCCUCCUCCUCCUGAUUUGAAGAGGAGCGAUGAGCAAUUUGGCAAAAUGAUAGUGAAGUUCCUUGAUCAGUGUAGAAACCAAAUCCCUCUGCGCUCUGACCCUACGCAGAGAAAUGGAGAUGCUAUUGCUCAGAUCGUGAGAAGUUACUUUAAAAGCAACAUCGGCUCCAAUGAACCGGCAACUGAAAACGGGAAAGCAGAAGAGCUUAAAGCUCUGUCUUCAGAAACGGCGGCUGUGAAGGACAUCGGCUGCCAGCCUGAAGGGGGUGGAGGAGACCCUGGGGAGAGCCUGGGCUGCAAUGGGCCCAGUUCACCUGAUGGUGAGAAAGAGGAUGCCCAAAUCCCUGAAGAUGCCCAUGUGUCCCCUGGAGUCCGGUCAGCUGGGUCCGGCUCUUCCACCAAAGAAGAAGGCAAAGGCUCAGCGGGCACCGUGCAGGAAGCCUACUACUUUCAGGAGGAGCCCUUCCCCUUGGAAGCGGGCUCGGCGCUGGAGGACUCGAGCAGCAGCUCUCCUGCUGAGGCGCCAAAUGCAGAAUCCACGGAGGUGCCUUUUGAAGAAGGAGACGCCUUUUCGUCUCCGGACAUCCCCCCUAGUUCUCAAAGCCACGAAUCUUCUCCCAGUCCAUACUGGAGCCGUUCAGACAAACUGCUGGGUGGCCCUUCUGAAAGCUCUGGCACCCUCUCGGAACUGGAGUGGUACUCUCCCUCUGAUGCAGGCGGGUACGAUGAAGACUCGGACAUGGCCGUGUCUGAUGACAGCCAGGCUCUCCCUGGGGACAUCCGGCCGGAGUCUGUCCGCCCUCUCAGUCCGUCUGAGCAGGAGGCUCCCGGCCAGUGGCUGCAGGGUGGAGAACCGGAUGGAGGAGACAGACCGGAUGGCUCUGCCUGCCGAGAGGAUUCUGGGAAAGCCCUGGAGGGCGAUCGGAGCGGGAUGCUGACCGAAGGAGGCGUUUUCCCUCAUCAAGGCAGCCCCAGAGGGUCUCCUGGCCCAGAUAAAAUGGAAAGCACCCCCGUCACUAGUGAGCCGUUCACCCAGUCUCCGUGGGAAUCCAGCAGCAAAACAGUUCUGCAGUCAGGGGUGGGCCAUUGUGACCUCCCACUGAAAACAGAGCUGACCGAUGAAGAAUCUGACGGCCAAGAUUACAGGAGAGACGAGUCUCCUUCUCCAUCGGGAAGAACUCCUGUGGCCUCUGCACAGGGGGGUGAGGGUCCAACUCCAGCCGAGGGGUCCGCUUGGCUCCUGGUGAAGGAAGAACCUGUUCAGGAAGACGCGCCUCUGCCAUGCAAGGGAGACGAAUCCUCCCUCCCUGCUCUCUGCCCCACCCAGGCUGGCGAUUCUGCUGGGACGGCCGUCUACACAGGCUCCCCUCUUGAGAAGGAGGGUUGCAGGCCUGAGUGUGGAGCACAACAGGCUGCCUCCUACCAGACCUCCCAGGAAGCCCCGUGGAUCCCGGUCACAUCUGGUGGCUUCCCAGCCAAGGACGACGUCUACGUGGAUCAAGGACCUUGCAGGGCUCUGCCACUGCAGCGGGAUGGGUCCCGCCUGGCACAGAGUCCCUUGGCAGACAUGGAGCUUCGGUCUCAGGCGUUCGAGGAGGAAAAGAACCAGCUUUGCCCUCACCUCUCAUACCCCACCUCUCAUGUCCCCAAAACCUCAGCAGACGAGCAGCCAGAAGGAUCUUCACACCCGGCAGAUUUUGGAGGCAGAGAGCCUCAGUUUCCCUAUAAGUCGGAGGAGGCUGGGCUGGCCGAGCCUUCGGACGCAGAGUGUCUGCGCGUGGCCGCCGCUGUGUCGUGUCCUGCACCACCAGCGUUCAGGGAAAGGGCCCCCCUCUUCAGAGACCCUCCUGCUUGGAGGGGGUCCCAGAGCAGCUGCCUCCGUGAAAGAGCAGAGAGCCGCAGCCCGACCGAGUGGGCGUCCUCCGAGCAAGACGUUGCCUUCCAGCUGCAGGAGUGCCAGUCGGUGCUGGCAGAAAUCUUCCAGGCCUUGAGUUCAGUGGAGGGCGUUGACAACACCCACGUGGAGAAAUGGAGGGACCAGAUUGCCGUUCUCCAGAAGGCGACCAAGAUGCCCCAGACCCACAUAGCCGUGGUGGGGAACACGGGGGCCGGCAAGAGCUGCUUGCUCAACGCCCUGCUGGACGAGGAGGCCAUGCUGCCCACGUCCGCCAUGAGAGCCUGCACCGCGGUGGUCGUGGAGAUCUCCAGGGCGGCAGAGGGCAGCCCGUAUGAAGCCGACGUGGAGUUCCUCUCCUGGGAGGAGUGGAACAAGGAGCUGGAAGCCCUCCUGGAGGACAUGAAGGACAAGGCCGGCAUUCUGAAGAAGCGCUGCCCGGAUCGCAAGACGGAAGCCGGGGCGGCCUACAGCCGGGUGAAGGCCGUCUACGGGAGGGUGGACGAGCUGGAGAAGCUGGAGGACAGGCAGGGAGUGACCCAACACCUCGGGACGGUCAAGCGCAUUUGUGCCGAGACGGCUGCAGACUUCCAUAUGAAAAUUGAGAAAUUUAUCGAUUCCCGUACCGACAAUUUGCGUGAGAUGAAAGGUGGAGAGUUUUGGCCCAUUGUGAAGUGUGUGAGGAUCCGUGUGGCCAAGGCGGAGGUUCUGAGAACGGGCGCGGUGCUGGUGGACCUGCCGGGAAUCCGAGACUCCAACGCGGCCCGGGAUACGGUGGCCAGGGAGUACCUGAAGGACUGCAACGCCGUGUGGGUCACCGCCAGCAUCACGCGAGCCGUGGACGACAAGACGGCCAGAGAGCUGCUGAGCGCCAACUUCCGCCGGCAGCUGUUCAUGGACGGCCUCUACGGGAGCCUGGCCUUCAUCUGCACCAAGACCGACAGCUUCAGCAUCACGGACAUUGUCAGGGACCUCAGCUUACAAGACAAGAUUUGUCCCCUCGAAGAGGGAUUGCAAGAACUGGAAAAGCAGAAAACUCAAGCAGAAAUAGAGAAGAAGCACCUUUACACGCAACUGCAGCAGCAAGAGCCAGCGAGAAAGGGAAGCGCGGCCGCAGAUUCAGUUUGGCUCCAGAGACAUGACAUCUUGGAGAAGGAGUUCCAGAUCUGCUCCUUGCAGAGAGAAAAAGACGCUAAGCUCCGUGCCAUCAGCCUGAUCUGCGUCCAGGCUCGGAAUGAAUUUUCCAAGCAGCGGAUUCUGAUGGAUUUCAGCGCUGGUCUGCAGGAGGUGUCCAGGAGAGCUGAGGGCGAAGACGAUGGCGAAGAAGAGGUGGAGGAGGGGGAUUCGACCGGAGGGCAGCCUGGGAAGCUGGAGGUCUUCACGGUCAGCUCUACGGAGUAUCUCAAACUUGGUGGAAAGUUGCUCUGCAAUGGUCAACCUCAAGUUUUCCAUGACGUCAAAGACACAGAGAUUCCUGCCCUGAAGAAAUUUGCGAUGGACACAGCGCUGAAGCACAGCAUGGUGGCGACGGAGAAGGUCAUCCGGGACGUGGCUCGUGUCCUGAGCCAAAUGGUGAAUUAUCUCAACAGCCAGAGAACAGAGGCUGAUGCCCACCAGGCCCAGGUGCAGGAGACGCUGCAGCAGGCCUUGCAGGACCUCCCUGCCCUCCUCCACGGGGUCCUCGGGGCCAGCUCCCAAGACCUGCGCCAGGCCUUUGAGGCCCUCAUUCUGGGCAGCCUGCAGAACGGGGCUGAGAGGGCCAAGCAGCACUCCGAAGCCAUCGUCAGAGGCUGGGGCUCGCCGGUUUGCGGCUACCCCCACGUGACCUAUCGGGCGAUCUGCAACCACCGUGGCGUUUACACCUCUCCCAAGUACCAGUCUGUGGAUUUCAACAGAGAACUGUCCGGCCCCAUCCUCCAGGUCAUCUCCGUGGCCUGGAAUGAGGUCUUUAACUCCAGGCUGGUGAGCUCCAUCGAGGGCUUCACCAGGGCCCUCCUGGCCCAGCUGAAGUCCUUCUUCAAAGGCCUGAAGAAGAAGCUGCUCUGGCACGGUCCGGUCUCUGAAGCCCUGCAUGCGAUUUGUGCUCAGCAGAUGGAAGCCACUCAAGCACGGUUGCUCAAUUUUACCUUGGAUCAGAUGAGUUCCGUUACAAGAAAGCAACGGACCAUCUCCCGGCUCUUGAUACCGACGAUUCAGGCCGGCAUGGAACCAGCCUAUGCAGCCUGCUCCCGGCUCUCCGGCCCAGGAUACUUCCGAAGAAUGAAAGAGGAGAUGGAGACGUUCAUCCACCGGCAGAAGGACGCCCUCUUUGAUUCGGCCGUGGAGAAGCUGUGGCAGCAACUGGAACUCCUCCAGCUGUCCAUCCGCUGCAGCCUGAAGACCGUGGCCCAGGAGCUGGCCACCUCCAUAAGGAUGCAGUUCGAGCCGCUGCUGAGGCCGGUCCAGAAGAACAAGGAGAUCCUUCCAGAACUUCAGCAUCUCUGUGCCAAAGUGGACAAGAUCUGCCAGCGCUCGGGCGUGGACUACAUGCUGCCCGUGGCCCUGCAGCCAGAGGAGCAGCCUCCGGGGACCGAGGCCAAACUGCUGGGAAAUAGGGAUCACGUAAGCCUUCCGGCCACGUCCAUGGAUGUCCGAGUCGGAGCCCUCUCUCUCCCCCGCCUCUCGGACAUUGAGGUAUCUGAGGAUCAUAUCACCUUGACGCUGGCGGGUGACCCCACCAAGGCGGCCCUCCCCCUCAGGAGCGUCUCCCGCUGGGAAUGCUGCCUGCCUCUGGGCUGCCUCAUCCUGCACGUCUCUGCAAAAGCCGCCCGGGAAAUUUGCUUCCAGUGCAGAAUCCCAAUGCCCAGCCCUGGGCUGGGCAGCCAGGAGGCCCUGGUCAUCCGGGAAGCGUCCCAGGGCGAGAGGCAGCUUCCCAAGCUCAGGCACUGCCUGGCAGCCAGGCUCAGCGACGCCUCCCGCGUGCAGGAGCUCAGCCCGGAGCAAGGAUGGGAGGAGCUUGUGUCGCUGGGAGUCUUCUACCCAGGCCAGCAGAGACCAGAAAGUGCUGAGUCAGGUGAGCCACGAGUGGCUUCUACUCCUGAGCCCAUGGUGCUCGAUGCCGCUGCUGGGCAGCCGUUGCAGCCCCCUGUUCUUCCCUGGCACCCCCAUGGCAGAAAGAGAGCCUGGGAGGGGGUCCUCUUGCAGCUGGAGAAGAAGACCAGGCUUCACUCCGUGGGGCCUGCAGGCUACCCUGGGCUGCAAUGCAGCCAGAGAGCAGAAACGGAGCCCACCAGCCAUUCCGCAGCCCUCCUGGGAAGCUGCAGCCCAGAAGGCGCCUUCCUUCCAGACGGCUCUCCGUGUCCGGUGGUCAAGGACCUCGAGGGUGAGCCCCUGGCAGUGACCCAUUCUGCAGCAGGCCUCCUCUGGGUCGGAGUCAACAAGGGAACACACGGGAAGCCCCCAAGCCUCACCGUGAAGGAAGAAGAGGCACAUCUCCCAGCCAAGAAGACUUGCUUUGAGCUGUAGCUCUUCCGCCUCUGCACACACACACACAACACAGGCACUGCUCAAACGUGGGGAGGGGUCUGAGCCUCCCCCUGCAGGCGGUGUUCUGGCAGUGGAAAACCCAUUUCUGUGUAAACCACUUGUGCAGAAGUCCUUCUCAUUUCUGAGCUUCGGUCUUGAAAUGUAGCUCUUUUAAAAGGCUCACUGGGAGCCUCCAAUGCGUCUCCUGGGCAAAAGCAGGUGGCUGACCCCCCCCCCAUUGGAGCUUAACGGGGGAGAACAAGACCUGGAAGGCAUCGGGUGUCACCUGCUGAUGGUUACAAGCAAGAGAAGAGGGCUUGGAAGCCACAGUCCCGUCUACUGCCCACAACUGCUGAAGUGGGAGAGAGGAAAGUCUUAAAGCUGGGCAACGUUCUGCAAAUUCUCCGUUCCGUUGAAUUAUCUAAAGCAGGGGUCCCCAACCGUGGCAACUUUUAAGACCUGUGGACUUCAACUCCCAGAAUU